AUAAUGAAAGACCAUAUGGUGAAUUAAUCGCAAUACUUCAUCUUAAAUCAAAUGAUGCAGAAGCAAAGAAAAAAAUUAUGGCUAAUACUGAAGAAUUAGCUGGAUUAAUUCUUGCUCAUGGUAAUGAUACAUAUACUAUUGAAUAA